ACUGAAAGGUUACAACUUGUAUUGAAUGCCACAAAAUAUAAAUUUCAAUUGUCUUUUAUGUUAAUGCUAACUGUUAAUGUUGCUUAUGUUGACUAACCAAAUACGUGUAAAGUAAUUUUGAAUUAUUGACAUAUUAACCCUUCCCAGUGUCUAAACCCUCUAAAAACGCAGAAAGAACCCCGAUGGACAUCCCCUCAAGCCCUCAAUCUCGAUCCUUGGCACACAGUGGUAGCAGGAGUCCCUCUGAGUCUCUUUCUAAUGGUCAAAGAUCAUUCAGCCCUGGCCAAGAGAGUCAGUCCGAAUCCCUUUCUCAGAGACAGUGUGGGGGUUCCUCAGGGUCUUCCACUAAUGGACGGAGAUCAUUCAGCCCUGGCCAAGAGAGUCUGUUCGAAUCCCUUUCUCAGAGACAGCGUGGGGGUUCCUCAGGGUCUUCCACUCAUGGACGGAGCUGUAGCCAAAGGAGUCGGUUCAAGCCACUUUUGCAGAAACGUGGGCGGAGUUCCUCAGAGUCCUUCUCACGGCUGCAGAAUGCUUCUGAACCCACAAGGAGCAGUAAGAGUAUGCAACCCAUUUUCUCCAUCAGUGACACUCUAAGAACGACUAUCGACCGGAGCCUCAGGCAGCCUCCUGAGAAGUCUAUGAGAGCUGAAAGGGAUCCCCCAAAUGCAGCCGAGGCAAUGUCCACGCAUGCACACUCAAACAAAUUGAGGAAGGAAGACUUCCCGAUGUCUGAAAAAAAAUUCCAGAAGAGAGUUCUUCAGCUCCUUCUCGAAAUCAAGGAUACAAUUCACGUUGCCACCUCAUCUGCUGGAACAAGUUAUGAAGUGAAGCCGGCAAACACUGAAGAAGAGCUCGAAGCUUUAGAGAAUCGCCUGGAGGACAAGAAUGAGGGAGCAGAACUGAGUAAACAUCUGAAGAGGUUGGGAGGCGUUGAUGCUGCAGACCUUGUUAAGAAGUCAAUGGCUGCAACUAUGACAAAUAAAAUGAUGGCCAAAAUGAGCCUCAGAGGAAGAAGUGGGAAGGUUGCCUUCAUGAAGACUCAUCUGUACAAGACAAUCUGUGACGCUGUCUUCAGCUCAUUUAAUACAACAACGACCAAAGCAGAAGAAUAUAUGUCCAAAUAUUUGAAAUAUGCACCAGAGAGCAUGGGUGGUGGUGGCAGAAAGAAGUAGCACAAGAAGGGAAGAUUUAACCAAAGCCCUGCCGUGUUCAGUAUUGCCCAAUGUUCGGGCUAUU